UGCGUUGGUGGGAUAUUUUGGUGUUUUGCACAUUUCCAACGUUUAUCGUAUUUGAUAUAUUUUGCAUUCUGGUAAUCCACAUGUACAUUAAUCUUCAUGUUAAUGGAAUGUGCAUAUCCUUAUAUUGGAGAACUUUUUAAUAUAUGAGAAAUUAAAUUUAAUGUACGUACGUUGAAGACGUAAAAAUGUUUCGCACAAAGAAAGACGUUGAUAAACACGUAACUGAUGUUUUAAAUAAAAUCUGUAGUGAAAACGAGAAAAACUUACGAGGAUAUACUUUAGCAAGACUUUAUUUUCAAGUGAAGGAUUAUGAAUCAGCUAAGAAAUAUUUAAUGGGAUUUCUGAGUGUGAGAGACCAUCAUGCGGCAUCUCAUAAGUUACUCGCUCAAAUAUAUGAAGAAACCAAUAAUCCUGAAAAUGCUUUACAGUCUUACAAAAGAUCUCUAGAAAUUGAUCCUCAUCAAAAUGACAUAGUUCUUAAAAUUUGUGAAUUGUAUUGUCAACUUCCUGUUGAUCAUGAAACAGCCCGGUAUUGGGCUGACAGAGCUGAACAGUUAUUUCCACAUAAUGAAAUAGUCUUCAAAUUACGGGAAUGUUUGGUGUCAGCAGAAGGAGAACCCAAUCAUAAAGAGUUAGAAAAUUUAAUUGCCACUGAAUUGGCAGCUCAACCAAAAAAUAUUGAUCUUAGGAUAAAACUUUUAAGGCUAUAUCUAGAUACAGAGCGAGUGAAAGAAGCAUAUGAACAUGCAACAUUGAUUGAAAGCCAACAGUUAUUUCCUUUUAGUGUAGAUUGGUAUUAUUUAUUAGGGGAUAUUUUUGAGGCAUACCAAGAAGAAUGUGGACAAGAUCUUGAUUCACAGUUUUAUGUCCAUUAUUUGACUGCCUUAGAUCAUUUAAUUUUGUUGACUUUGGCAGAACCUCACUCAUUUGUGUGGGAGAAUGGAAAGACAACAUCCAGCAUAAAUGAUGCAGCGGCUGUUCUUUUGACAUUUGAUCAGUUGUUAAAGAUUGCUGUUGAGAAGGAUAUCAAGGAAGGCUCAUGGUUAUACUUUAUUCAUCAUAUGAAAGGUCAAUUAUAUUAUCAUAUGGCAUCACUUUUGUUAAAGCGUGCAAAAAUGGACCAAGGAAAUCGUAAAGAAGCAUUCAGGUUUAGUGCCGGUUUGGCUUUAGUUUGCUAUUCCUUUAAACCAAUGAAUUUACUUCAGGAAAUCUGGUUCACACAAAUGAAUGAAAACCAGAAAAUAUAUACAAGUUUCUUUCAACAAGGGGCUUUAAGAACUAGUUUUAUAGGCCAUGUGAUAGUGAGUAUGUGUAAGGAAGAUAAAAGCAAAUGGUUGCAGAAGAUAAAGCAAGAUGUUUGCCUGACUCAAGUUAAAGAACGGAUUUAUAGCAGAGUGUUUAGUACUGUUGUUCAAAAAGAAAAGUUGCUGUCAUCAUACUUUAUUUUGGAUUCGACAUUUGAACAGUGUAGUUUAGAAUUUCCUGUCAAGACUGCAUUGCAAGAAUAUGAUAAAUCUGCCUACAAGCUGCGUGCAGACUCUUUACAUCAUUUAGUGUGGUUAGAAGCGCAGAGAAAAUCUGAUACACCUGUGCCUGCUGAUGAUAUUAUUACUGAAGUCUUCAAAAAUCUUCAGUAUGGCAACAAAAAUUUAUCACAAGGUAGUUGUGAAUCUUUAUGUGUCUUAGAUCUUGAAGCCUAUCUUCUUGCUACCAUUUAUCAAGCUCAUUACAUGAUGGAGAGGAAGAGUAGUAUGUUAAACUCAAAAAAUCAAGAUUUUCAGUUAUCCUUUCCUCCAGAUGUAACUGAUCCUUUAUGUUCUAAGCAACAAGCAGCUUGGUGGAGAACAGCUUAUGGUCUUUACACAUGCUCUAUUAAAGAGAAACAUGGAGAGCAUCGAAGAAAUUUGCAGCAUGGUUUGGAAGUUAUUAGAGGUAUUGGUAAUCAUGGAAUGGAAGUGCAGCUUGUCGUACACUUAGCACGACAGUUUGCUCAGAAAUCUGAUUUACUAAUGAAGAACACUGAAGAUUCAGGUAAAAUUAAAAUCAGUCCAGAAAAUGUAUCGUCAUUACGUGUGCGUGCAAUUCACUACUGGAAUAUUGCAUUAGGCAUGCUAGAUAAAAUUGCUUUAGGACAAACUCUAAGAACUCCAAAAGAUCAGGUGUUUAUAGGCUGCAAUAAAUCUUUAUCAAGUACUGAAGUAAAACAGUUACAAGAAGAUGGACGACUUUACCUAGCUGUUCGCAUGAUGGAUGAUGAUCAACUUGCAGAAGCUGCAGAGAUGUUGUCUAAACUGUCAUCUCCAUAUGGUUCAUAUUAUUUAGCUUUGACCCUCAAGAAACUGGCAUCCCAGGAGGAAGCAUUUUCAGUUACUAAAACUGCAUUACUAAAUAAGGCAAAAAGUGCCUUACACGAGACUAUGGAUCGUAUUAAAGAUGACCAAAGCCAUCCUCUAAAUAAAGAAAUUUACAUUGAAUUAGAAGAGGUAGAAAAUGAGCUUGCAAGUGAUAUGAAUCAUAGUCCAUGCAAUAACUAUGAAGAGCUGGAUGAAACAGAUUCAUAUUAUGAGACACCUUCGCAAUCAUCUCAUUUCUUAGUUGAUAAUUCAAAGUCAGCCAUGCAAAGUACUCCAAGACCUUCUAGUAAAUUCACUACUUCAAAAUCUAAAUUUCAGAUGUCUAAUCGGGAUUGUCCAAGGCAUUUUGAACCAAGUCCAGAAAGAUUAGAUGCACAGAUUAGAGCACUGGCUCUGAAUCAAGAUACCUUAGUGAAGACAUUUAUGCAACAGCAGCAGGCUGUGUUAGAAACAAACAAAUCGAUAGCUGAGGCACUGAAACAAAACAAUAGUGUUAUGGAGCAACUGAAGAAAAAAUUGGAAGAAUUGACUUUAUCUAAAUGUCAGCAUAGACGACCAAGUAAAAAGUCUGGUUUUAUGAAGGAUAGGGGCGAUGAAGAGGAUGACUAUAAUGAUUAUGAUCCUAAUAGCAUUUUAGAAUAUUAUGCAGAUGAAGGUGGUGAAGACUAUAGAGCAUCUGGAUACAGCUAUGAUCCAACUUCACGAAUUGUUCAUGAUGCCGCUGCUCCAUUAAAUUAUGUUGUUUCACCUGCCAUCCCACCUGGACCUCCACCAGCACUUAAUCAUUACAAUUAUCAAUAUCCACCACAUGCUGUAAUGCCAGCACCGCCUCCUGCUGUUGCUGAAAGACCGCCAUUUUAUCAUCCUCCUCCUGGUCAGGGGCUUCCUUUCAGCGAAGGGCAACAACUACCACAAUUUCAUUUUCAUGUUGCAUCACCUAUAGUGAAGCCACCCCCUCCUCCUGUGAUGAGCAGUGUUUCUAGUAUUCCUCCAGCUACUCCUACUGUCACAUUACCACCUCCGACUGUUAAUCUACCUCCAACACAAACUGUGAUACCACCACCACUUUCUCAUCCAUUGCCUGUUCCUAGUCCAUGGUCAAAAGCUGUUAGCGUUCCACAUGCAUUUCAGAUUCCUCUUCCAGCAACUGCUCCAUUUGCAUCAAGUGCGAACCUUGUCCCAUCAACUUCAUCUCAGAUCAAACCUUUAUCAAAUGUAAUGCCUAUAACAUCACAGUCAGAACUGAAGAAUUUGCUUGGAACUCCUGCAUCAGGAACUGCAUCAUUUGGCCAUGCAUUGCAGUUGAAUACAACUGUCACUUCUACUUCCAGUUCAACAAUUCAGGUCCCUUCAAUAUUUGCUGGUAUUUCAAAAACACCUGAAAUCUCAAAAGUAGAACGCUCUCGUUGUGAUAGUGACAAUGCAGGCAGUCCUGAUAUUGAUGGCCAUGAUUUGGAGAAGGAGGUUAUGGGUGAUUUUAAACCAUUAAUUCCUUUGCCUGCUGAAAUUGUAGUUGAAACUGGAGAAGAAAAUGAAGUGGUCUUAUUUGAAGAUAGAGCUAAAUUAUAUAGGUUUGUGGACCAGGAAUGGAAAGAACGUGGCAUCGGAACAGUUAAAAUUUUACAUCAUGAAGGGAGUGGUCGAAUUAGACUUCUGAUGAGAAGAGAUCAAGUAUUGAAAGUUUGUGCCAACCAUUAUAUUACCCCUAAUAUGGAAAUUCAUGCUUUAAAAAAUUCUGAUAAAGCUUGGACUUGGGUUGCUCAAGACUUUGCAGAUGAAGAGCUUAGGCCCGAACAUUUUUGUAUACGUUUCAAAACUGCUGAUAUUGCAGCUGCAUUCAAAGCUGCUUUUGAGAAAGCAUUAAACAUAGCAAAAGAAAAUGAGGCUAAAAAAGUAGCUAGUCCAAGUAUCAAGUCUACAACAAAUGCAUCUCCUGUUACACAGAAGCCAUUUGGAAUUAAAUUUUUGCCUAAAGCUGGUUCUUGGACUUGUCCAACUUGUUAUGUUAGUAAUGCUGCUGAGAAACUUUUAUGUGUUGCAUGUGAGACCAAAAAACCUGGUUCUCAAGUUACUUCAGAUUCUCAUAGUAUAUCUGUCACAACUAGUACUAAUAACUCAACUGCAAAUCAAUUUACUUUUGGCACAAAUUCUUUAACUAUUACUUCAAUCAGUACUCCAAAGAAUACGUUUGGUGGUUUUACAUUUUCUACCAACCCAAUGAUACAAGACACAAAAACUGAUAUCAAAGACAGAGAAAUACUAGUUGUUUCAACAAAAUCCAAAAAUAGCCCUCAAGUAACAAAAGUUACUGCUCCAAAACCUAGUCCAUUUUCUGGAUUUUCAUUUAAAAGUCCACCAACUAUAGCUGUAUCUUCGUCUUCUACUGUGCAGUCUGUUGAGAGUACAGAAAGUUCAACAGCAAGUGCUGAAAAUAACAUUUCAAAAAUACACUCUAUGUUACAGACAAUCACUCCUGAUAAUGUGUUUGGUUCAAAAAGUACUGAAAGUGUUGCUACUUUUCCAAGUUUGAGCGUUAGUGUUUCAAAGAGUUCCGAAGAAUCGACUGUUCCUACUUCUAGUGUGCCAUUAUAUGUUAAUGUUUCAGCUGAGGGAUGCAGGGUUUCUACUGAUGCUGCUGAUAGUGCUCCUGAAGAAUUCAUUCCAACUGCUGAGUUCAAGCCUAUUGUUCCACUUCCUGCUUUGAUUGAUGUGAAGACUGGUGAAGAAGGAGAAGAAAAACUGUUUGGUGAACGAGCUAAGUUAUUCCGAUUUGACCCUGAAGGAAAAGAAUGGAAAGAACGUGGUAUUGGAGAAUUAAAAAUAUUGUUUUUAAAAGAUAGCAAAAAAUACAGGGUUUUGAUGCGAAGAGAGCAAGUUUUGAAAAUAUGUGCUAAUCAUUAUAUCUUACCUGACAUGAAACUUACACCACUAGCAACUAAUGAUAAAGCUUGGGUUUGGUUUGCUCAAGACUUUUCUGAUGGAGACUUAAAAAAAGAACAGUUUGCUGCAAAAUUUAAAACCAAAGAAAUAGCCCAAGAGUUCUUUGAGGUUUUCCAGAAAUGCCAAAAUGAUUUAAAAGAAAUAGCUGACAAAAAUGAAAAGCCUCAAAUUGCCAAAUCUCAGUCAGACACAUGUACUGGGAAUAAGACAGCUUUUGAUGAACUAUUUAAGCCUGUUGCAAGCUCGUGGAAAUGCUCAAAAUGCCAAAAAUCAAAUAUGAAUGAAUCCUCCUGUGUAUAUUGCAGUACUCCGAAAUCAGGAAUUUCUGUUGUCACAGGCAAAAGUAGCUUAGUAUCUGAACAAAAACCACUUUCAGAACUUUUUAAACCGGAUAAAAACUCAUGGGAAUGUCAAGCUUGCUAUGUCAGGAAUAAAUCUUGUGAUGUAAAAUGUGUGUCUUGCGAGUCCCCUCAGCCAUCAUCGUCAGAUACAUUUAAUAAAAAUGCAAUCAGUAAUAAUCAGAAUACGGAACCCAUUUCUUAUGUUAAAAAUGGUAAAUCGGAACCUUUAACAAAUUCAUUUAAACCUCCAGCAGGAUCAUGGCAGUGCCAGUCAUGUCUUAUUCAGUACAAUUCAGAUGUGGAUAAAUGUGCUGCCUGUGAAACUAAAAAACCUGGGACAUCAUUUACUUCCUCAGCAUUUCCAUCUUCGAGUGAUUUUGGAAAAUUUCAGUUUGGUUCAUCGGUUCAAAGUACCUCUAGUACUGAAAAGACAUCACCGUUUUCAUUUGGCUCAAACAAACCUUCAUCAGGAGAUUUUCUUUUUGGAAUGAAACCAAUCACUCAGUCCACCACAUUUUCAUUUGGUUUGUCGUCUGUUAUUGGCAAAGGAAGUGAGACUGUAGGUUUCAAACCUACUCUUCCUACAAGUAACACUCCUGCUGUUUUUGGAGGGACUACUCAAAAAUCUGAUUUAUUAGAAAAGAAGUCUAUCGCAAUACCACAGACAACUAGUGCUCCAACCGAUGCAUUUGGAAAUACCUCGUCAACAUCUAUAUUUAGCUUUGGCUCACCAGCAGGAAAAGAGGCUGAUUCAAGUUCUGUUGAAUUUCGCUUUGGUAGCCCACAAAAAUAUGAAUUUAAUUUUAGUGGUGUUAGACCUCGUAGUCCUACAAAAACUCCCAAAUCUCCAAAAUCCCCAGCUACGCCAUCGGAUGUUGAUGAAGAUGAUGAAGGAGAUUCGUUUGAUGCUGAUAAUAUUUAUUUUCAGCCUGCUAUUCCUUUACCACCAAAGGUUGAUGUUAAAACUGGAGAAGAAAAUGAAGAUGUUAUGUUUUGCAAACGAGCAAAGUUAUUCCGCUUUUCUGCUGGAGAGUGGAAGGAGCGAGGUGUAGGGGAUGUAAAAAUCCUUUUUGAUAAAAACUUAAAGAAAGCCCGUUUAUUAAUGCGAAGAGAUCAGGUCCUGAAAGUGUGCUUGAAUCAUCAUCUAACCAAAGAAAUAGUAUUUGAAUGGCGAGGUGAGAAAUCUUUGACUUGGGCCGCUACAGACUUUUCUGAAAAUGAAGCAUCACCUGAAUUGUUUGCUAUUCGGUUUAAAAGUAGUGAAUUGGCACAAGAGUUUAAGGACGCUUUAGAUGAUGCAUUGAAAUUGAAUGCAUUGGCAAGUGAAUCGGAAGUGUCUAGUGAACAGACUUCUACAGCCACUAAAGUUAUAACAAACUUUUCAUUUAAAAGUGACUCUUCAGUUAAAACAGAAUCUCCAUUUAGUGCUGGAUCUCUGUCAGCAUGUUUUGGAACAACUUUACAGGGUAAAUCAUUAUUUGGAAAUUCGGCAAAUGUUUUAGGUACAACCGAAACUAAGCCCUCUUCAUCGGUGUCUCCAUUUUUCCAGACUGAUAAACUUGGCACAAAUUCAGUGUUUGGCCAGAAUGUGAAUUUUAGUACUAACAGCUCGAAAUCAAUUUUUGGAGGUCAUGGUCUUAAAUUUGGACUUGGAUCUGAUGCUUUGGAUAAAAAGAAAAUUGAUAAAGACAGUGAAAUUGAAAUUGUGUAUGAAGCUACUGCUAGUCCUGAUAAAAUAACUGAAGCAGAAAAAUUGAAGCUUCCUCGAAAUUUUUAUUUAUAUGAAAGUAAGCCUCCUUGCAAAGGUUGUAGAGGUUGUACAGAUACUAUCAGUUACAAAGAUGUUUCUGCUGAUGUUGAAAAGAAUUCAGCUCCUAAAUUUACAGAACUUACUCAGAGUACCCCACAAAGUGAAAAUUCAGGAGAAUUGUUUGCGACAUCUGCGAAAAGUGUUACAUUUGCAGAUUUAGCUACUGAUUCCAGUUUUGAAUCCCUAGCGAAACCAUCAUCAACAAAAAAUGCUUUUGCUGGUGCUGGAACUCCACUUUUUUCUAACCCGAAUAAUUCUACUGAAGAUGCUGGGGAUGAUGAAACUGUUAGUCAAGGACCUGAUAUACAUUUUGAACCUGUAAUUCCUUUACCAGAGCUUGUAGAUGUGAAAACUGGUGAGGAAGACGAAACUCCUGUUUUUAUCAAACGUGCCAAAUUAUUCCGCUUUGAUUCUGCCACUAAACAAUGGAAAGAAAGAGGUGUUGGAGAUCUUAAGAUUCUAAAACAUAAGGAAAAACAAAAAUUCCGUAUUAUCUUGAGACGAGACCAAGUUCACAAAAUUGCUUGCAAUCAUUUUAUAUCCGAGGAUAUGUCUUUAGUUCCAAUGGCCACAAGUGAGACUGCAUUAUGUUGGAAUGCUAUUGAUUAUGCAGAUGGUAGUCCAGUUGCAUCUAAAUUUGCUGUGCGGUUUAAGAACAAAGAUUUCUUAGAAGAAUUCCGGGAAAAGUUUAAUGAAUGCAUUGAAUUGAUAAAGCAUACUCAUAAAUCAACUGAAGCUUCUACUGAACAGAAAUCUGAAGGAAAAGAUGUCACAGAAAGUCAAGUUUCAAACUGCACAAAGCAGAAUGCAGAAAAAACUGAAAUUUCUCAGAAAACUUCAAAUCAAUUAGAAACCCAAAGUAAUCAUGUGGCUCCUGAAUCUGAAAAUAAUGAGCAUAAUUCAGAUGAAGAAAGUGAGGAAGAUGACUUUAUAUUUGAAAAAAGAGUAUCAUUUGAAAUAUUUGAUGAAAGCUCUAAUCAAUUUAAGCCUGCUGGAAUGGGUACUUUGCAGAUGUUGUAUGAUGAUACUGUGUAUGGUUACCGUAUUUUAAUGAUGGAUGACAAAGAUAAUUGUUUAUGUGAAAACGUCAUUGCAAUACAGACUUGUCUGAGAGUCGAGGGAAAGAAAGCUUCUUGGACAGCUAUAGAUCUGAGUGUUGAACCUCCGAAGCGCAGACAAUUUCGGGCUACUUUCAGCUCUCUUGAAGCUGUGGAUGAGUUCAAUAAACAGUUUGCAGAAGGUAAGGAAUUAGCUGUGAAUUCUGAAAUUGUUGAAAAGUCUGAUGACUACCUCACAGCAACAUCUGAUUUGGAUCCAAAUCCAUAUUUUGUGUUUUCAACUUUUCAUCAGUAAGAGUUCAGCUAAACUUCAGUCAUUUUCUGCUACUGCUCCAACCUCAUUUUGCUUCCGUAAGGAUUUUCUUCAUCAGUAAACUCAUCAUUGUCAAAUACAUAUGCUAGUUCUUCCCUGGAUCAUUUCUAUGGAAAUGCAUUUGGAUCUCUGUGAUAGUAACUCUUUCUACAUGCUGUGUAUACUUUGUUUGAUGAAGAUAUGAAAGCAGUUCUUUCAGACAGAGUUCACGUCAGAAAAUACAUGUAGUUCAGUUGUAAAUGUACCUUAAUAAAAAAGUGUUUACAUCUUUAACUGAGAUUCAUCCUGUAUUAAGUAAAAACAGAUUGUAAUUCAAAUUGGCCAAAAAAAUAGCUUUAUAUUUGUGUAGAUUUUGAAUAAAAAUAUUGACUGUGA